UUUGUCACUUAAAAUUUAAGGACGCCUUCGCACCCUUUCAUUUUUCUCAUCGCUCUAUCUGGGUAUCAGUGACGGUGUUUGAUUUGUACGACUAUGUUGUUUGUGGACAGGGUGAGGUAACGUGUGUCUGAUAUCAGAACGGAAUGAGCUGAUGGCACCUGCAUGUGUGUACGCGACCACGGUACUGCAGAAUAACAUAUAAUGUAAGGGGAAACUCGUGCUGUGUUCAUACAACAUGCGGAAACUAUGGAGAUACAUCAUCAAGAUAGGGAUACUUGUAUUGGCAGCUUGUCUGUUCGUUUUUAUCCAACGGUUCAAGAAAAAAUCGUACACCAAUGUGAAAAUAAGAACUACGCCAAUAGCGUGCAUUGGUUUUCGCGGGCGACUGGGUAACCUGAUGUUUCAGUACGCCUUCCUGUACAGUGUGUCCAUGAGCAAGGGUCUAUAUCCGGUUAUAUCCGAUAACUUGCUGCCCUGUGACGUAUUCAGGAUUAACAAGACAACGUUGCAAGUGCUCGGUGAGAACCACGCAUCUUGUGGUACCGUCAAACCCUACACGGAGAGGUGGCCGUGUUCGUUCGAUGAUCGUAUCAUCCAAGUUCCAUUUCUUACAAGUGCCAAAUUCAAUGGAUACUUUCAGUCCUGGAAGUAUUGGAUUCAGUACGAGAAUAACUUACGAGAAAUCUUUCGAUUUCAGGAUACAAUAGCACGAAGAGCCAACAAACAGUUGAAUGACAUUCUGAGUACUUUAGACUUUCCGUGUUGCUCCAAGAACUCUACGUUGGUCGGGGUUCACAUCAGACGGGGGGAUUACACGUCUAAAGCGGUCAACAAAUACGGCCAAAUUACACCCAAUAUCAGUUAUUACCUAAACGCCAUGAACUACUUUGAAAACUUAUAUCCCACAGUUCUUUUCAUUGUAGCGUCCGAUGAUCUCAAAUGGAGUAAGAACGAGUUGAGAAAUAAAACCAACGUAUAUAUUUCGACAGGGAAUUCUGGGCCUGAGGACAUGGCGCUGCUGUCACUGACCAAUCACACCAUCAUGUCGGUGGGGACAUUCGGCUGGUGGGCAGCAUGGAUGACAAGAGGAACAACUCUGUACUAUAAACAGGUGUUCGCCCCUGGCUCUAGAUAUGCAAAAGACUUCAACAAUGAUCCCAGUAAUUACAUUUAUCCUGGAUGGAUUCCUAUGGAUUAGUCUUAUAUCAUUUAUAAAUUAAAGCAUUUCCCUUUCACAUCAAAACAGAAUUAUGCAUAAUAUGUUUAUGAGCCUGUAUUGUUGUUAAAUUUGAUCUAUAUUGUAUAAAAUAAAAAGACCACGUGCCAAGGGUUCUUACGAUGUAGGACUGAUAAUCUACAAAGUUCGGGGUUAUAUCUUGAACCAAAGUCCUUACUAAGGUGAAAAUAAUUUAUAUUCCAUCUUAUCAUUCAUCAAUCAUUACAUGGUGUUAGCUUUUAAAGAACAGAAUUUUGUUAAAUUUCAAUCUGCUUCUAAUUAGGAAUAGUUUUAAAAAUCAUUAUUGAUAUACAUGUAUCUUGCCAAUAAUAUACUGCUAAAUUAAAGGAAAGCACUGGAAUAGAAAAUUAUAGGAUAUCCAAGUGCCAUGAAAAAAUAAAUAUGUUUAUAUACGUGAUGUGACCAUAAAAAUUGGUUUAUACAUACGUGUUUCAUUGACACCCCACCCCAUCCCAAAAAAGAUAAUAUAAGCAGUUGACUUUCAUACCAGAAAAUUGUG